AGUGUUCCUUGCACAAGCUUGUUCAAGACUGUUACAGUGCGAUGCGGGCACUGCACCAACCUUCUCUCUGUUAACAUGCGUGGGCUGCUCCUCCCAUCUGCCAACCAGCUUCAUCUCGGCCACUCAUUCUUCCCUCCUCAGAAUAUUCUGGAGGAGAUCACGAACUCAUCACCCUCCAAUUUGCUGAUCAAUCAACAGAAUCCAAACGAGUCCUUGAUGCCGGUUCGAGGGAUCGACGAGCUCCCUAAGCCUCCAGUGGCUAACAGACCCCCGGAGAAAAGACAGAGAGUGCCCUCUGCUUACAACCGCUUCAUCAAGGAUGAGAUCCAACGUAUCAAAGCUGGAAACCCUGAUAUAAGUCACAGGGAGGCCUUUAGUGCUGCUGCCAAGAAUUGGGCCCACUUCCCACACAUUCACUUCGGUCUCAUGCCUGAUCAUCAGCCCGUGAAGAAAAAUGUCUGCCAGCAGGAAGGAGAUGAUCAUGUGAUGAUGAAAGAUGGGUUUCUUGCUACUGCAGCCAACUUGGGUGUUACUCCCUACUAAUUAAUUAAGAAAAACUACUGCAGGAUGCAUGUUUUAAUUACCCUCGAUGCUCCGAUCCUCCACCUAUGUCUAUCCGUCUUGUCGACGACGUCGUUCAUCAUUUUCUGCUGUUAAUUAGGGUUCUUAAGUAAUUAUCUAUUAUUAUAUAUAUGCAUGCAUGCUGUGUACGUAUUUGAAAAAGUAAUUAAGACUGUGUAAUGCUUUCAGAUUGCUCGAUUAUGAGCUUCAUCAUGAUUAGAAUAUAUAUAUGUGUGUGUAUGUGCGCGCGCAGUGCAUUAUGUUAGUAA